GAGAGUGUGAGAGAAAAGAGAGAGACAGAAGAGAUUUGAGGCCGUAGACUGUAUAUUUACACCAAGAAAUACGAGCUGUAUGUCUAAACCAGCGGCGACGUUUAAACAGGAUAUGGCGGACCAAGGGCAGAUUCGGGGACAAGACAUUGUGCUCUAAGCUAGCCCUCUCCAUCCAUCUGCAUUUGCUGCCUUGCCCACUGCUCACCAAAACCACCUCGCUUUGGCGGUUUGGCUCAGACUCCUCCAUAGAAGAAGAGGGGGAAAAAAAUCCAAGUGGGAGGGAGUAGUAAAGUUUCCCCAGCUGCUGUCCAGACACACACAUGCUGCAUUGCUGCCAUUCCCCAAGCCCUGCUCCAUCUAUCCCUAGGGCACGGCCACUAGCUUGCUAGCAAGCUAGCAAUUGGCAAAAAAGAAGGCCUGUCCUGAGGGAUAAAAAUACAAGAAAACUGUGUACACUGGCCUCCUCCAUUUCUCUCACUUUUCCAGGUCAGCUAGCUACAUACCUCCCAAGUACAACUCCUUUGUUAAGCUGUCAUUUCCGCUGCUUUGAGCAGUGGAGGAUUGCUAGUAGCUAGUCAGUUAUACAGUCAGGCAGACUGAGGAACCCAAAGGGGCUGGUUAUCAGAGGCCAGGAUAAUGGAACCCAGCAUGGAGAACUGCCUGGCCCUGGUCCUGCAGAAGGACGUGGGCCGACGGCUGCAGGUGGGGCAAGAGAUCAUUGAUUACAUUUUGGACAAGGAGAAGUCCCAUGACUUGGAGCAGGACCAAACAGCGCUGGACAAGAUGGUUGAUGGCAUUGCCAGCUCCUGGGUCAACUCUAGCAACUUUAAGGUGGCUCUGCUCGGCUUGGACCUCUUAUCUGCCUUAGUGACAAGGUUACAGGAGCGAUUUAGGGCCCAAGUGGGAACAGUUCUGCCAAGCCUUAUUGAUCGAUUGGGAGAUGCCAAAGACCAAGUACGAGACCAAGACCAAACUUUGCUGCUAAAGAUCAUGGAACAAGCUGCCACCCCGCAGUAUGUAUGGGACAGAAUGCUGGGAGGCUUCAAACAUAAAAACAACAGGACCAGAGAAGGAGUGUGCCUUUGUCUCAUCGCCACGCUGAACACAUAUGGGGCUCAAGGCCUGACCCUCAGUAAAAUUGUUCCUCAUAUAUGUAACCUCCUGGGGGACCCCACAAGUCAGGUACGUGAUGGAGCUAUGAGCUGCUUGGUGGAGAUCUACAGGCAUGUGGGUGAAAGGGUGAGGCUGGAUCUCAGCAAGAAGGGCCUGCCACAGUCACGGUUGAAUGUAAUCUUUAGCAGAUUCGAUGAAGUCCAAAGAUCUGGGAACAUGAUCUCAUCCUCUGGUUCAGACAAAAACUUUGAGGAUGAGGACUCUGUGGAUGGAGGCCGGUCCUCCUCCUCCUCCUCCUCCAAAGCACCCCCUAGUGGCAGGAGGACUGUAAUGAGCUCAGUUAAAAGACCCAGCUCGGCCACCACAACAAAGACCCCAGGUAAAGAAGCAGGUGCUGGUGCUGUUGAUGAAGAGGAUUUCAUUAAAGCCUUUGAAGAUGUGCCCUCAGUCCAGAUCUACUCCAACAGAGAACUAGAGGACCAGCUGACCAAGAUCAGAGAAGUGCUGUCUGAUGACAAACAUGACUGGGAACACAGAGUGGUAGCACUGAAGAAGGUUCGUUCACUCAUGAUGGCAGGAGCUACUGAGUAUGAAGGUUUCCCUCAGCAGCUGCGGCUUCUAGAGGCUCCCUUUAAGCUGUCAGCUAAAGACCUACGCUCCCAGGUGGUCCGCGAGGCUUGCAUUACACUGGGACAUUUGUCAUCAAUGCUGGGUAACAAGUUUGACCAUGGAGCAGAGAGCAUCAUGCCCAUUCUGCUGAACCUUGUCCCCAACAGUGCCAAAGUCAUGGCCACAUCCGGGGUGGCUGCCAUACGCCUCAUCCUCAGGCAUACACACUAUCCACGUCUCAUCCCAAUAAUCACCAGUAACUGCACCUCCAAAUCAGUUGCAGUCAGACGACGUUGCUAUGAGUUCCUCGACCUCAUGCUGCAGGAGUGGCACACUAAUACACUGGAAAGACAUGUAGCUGUUCUGACUGAGACCAUCAAGAAAGGCAUACACGAUGCCGACUCUGAGGCCAGAUCCAUUGCAAGAAAGUGUUACUGGGGUUUCCAUGGUCACUACAGCCGGGAAGCAGAACAUCUGUUCCAGGCGUUGGAGUCCACUUAUCAGAAGGCCCUCCAGUCUCACCUGAAGAGCUCUGACAGCAUUGUGUCUCUACCCCAGUCUGACCGUUCCUCAUCAUCCUCACAGGAGAGUCUAAACCGGCCACUGUCUGUGAAGAGUGUCAUUGGAGGGAGCAUAACUAGGAGUAAGCUCGUGGGCACCAGGGUGUCAACUACACCGGGUUCCCUCCAGCGUUCCCGUAGUGAUAUUGAUGUAAACGCUGCCUCCAAUGCCAAGUCUCGUCUUUCCACUGUUCCUGCCUCCUCACCGUUCAGCUCUGCAGCUGCCCUCCCCCCAGGAUCUUAUGCCUCAUUAGGUCGUGUUCGCACAAGGAGACAAAGCUCAGGCAGUGUGGGAGGAGCCAGUACAUCAGUUGUGGACAGUAGGGGGCGAAGCAGGGCCAAAGUGGUCUCCCAGUCUCAGCCUGGCAGCCGCUCCAGCUCCCCAGGAAAGCUCCUUGGACACAGCAGCUAUGGGCGGAUCCCUCGAGCCACAGCAUCGCCCUCCUCUACACCAGCGGAUAAGCGAAGCAGGAUCCCUCGCAGCCAGGGUUGCAGCCGAGAGACCAGCCCCAGCCGGCUUGGCCUCGCCAGCCUGUGUGGUAAAGCUCUUCUUCCUGCUGCUCUUCCCUACCGCACGCUAGCCCGGAGCCGCAUUCCCCGUCCCAGCAUGAGUCAAGGUUGUAGUCGCGACACCAGUCGCGAGAGCAGCCGUGACACCAGCCCUGCUCGGGGCUUCGCUCCACUGGACCGAUAUGGUUUGAUUCACCAAGCAAGAAUUUCUGCGUCAGUUAAUGCCAUGCGGGUCCUUAACACUGGCACUGAGGUGGAGGCAGCAGUUGCUGAUGCACUGCUAUUAGGAGACUCCAGGAAUAAGAGGAAGCCACUGAGGAGGAGAUAUGAAUCACCGGGGAUGUACUCCGAUGACGAUGCCAACAGUGAUGCAUCUAGCGCAUGCUCGGAGCGCUCAUAUGGCUCACGAAAUGGAGGCAUCCCUCAUUAUCUGCGCCAGACAGAGGAUGUGGCAGAAGUCUUGAACCAUUGUGCCAGCUCCAACUGGUCAGAGAGGAAGGAGGGUCUGUUGGGCUUGCAGAACCUCCUCAAAAGCCAAAGAAUACUGAGUCGAGUGGAGCUGAAGAGACUUUGUGAGAUCUUCACGAGGAUGUUUGCAGAUCCGCACAGCAAGAGAGUGUUCAGCAUGUUCCUGGAGACUCUUGUGGACUUCAUCACAGUACACAGGGAAGACUUGCAGGACUGGCUUUUUGUCCUGCUCACCCAGCUGCUGAAGAAGAUGGGGGCAGACCUGCUGGGAUCAGUCCAGGCCAAAGUCCAGAAGGCCCUGGAUGUCACAAGGGAGUCCUUCCCAUUUGAUCAGCAGUUCAACAUUCUGAUGAGGUUUAUUGUGGAUCAGACUCAGACACCAAACCUCAAGGUGAAGGUGGCCAUUUUAAAGUACAUAGAGUCUCUGGCUCGGCAGAUGGACCCCACAGACUUCGUUAACUCCAGCGAGACACGACUGGCAGUGUCUCGCAUCAUUACUUGGACCACUGAACCCAAAAGUUCUGAUGUCAGGAAGACCCUUCAUAACUGGGUGAGCGAAGAGCUAGCUGGCAGGUCCAGUACUGCAGCCUUACUGUCCACUGAGGGCAACCAGGAAGAAAGGUGUAAGCAGGCAGCUCAGGUGGUGCUGAUUGCCUUGUUUGAGCUCAACACCCCAGAGUUCACCAUGCUGCUGGGAGCCUUGCCCAAAACCUUUCAGGAUGGAGCCACUAAACUUCUGCACAACCACUUGAAAAACUCAAGCAAUACCAGCAGCAGCGUGGGAUCUCCGAGUAACACCAUUGGCCGGACGCCACAACGCCACACUCCCAGCAGAACCAGCCCUCUCACCUCACCAACAAACUGUUCCCACGGAGGACUGUCUCCAAGCAUGAUGGAAUAUGACACAGAGAACAUGAAUUCGGAAGAGAUCUACAGCUCGCUUCGCGGUGUCACUGAGGCCAUCCAGAGCUUCAGCUACCGGAGCCAGGAGGACCUCAAUGAGCCAAUCCGAAGGGAGGGAAAGAGGGAUGAUGCAGCAGGGAGGGAAGGAGUAGCAUCAUCUCCUGGUUCUGAUGCCCGCUUGGGCUUAGAAAUGGUGGAAGGAGGUCGCACUGCCUUGGACAACAAGACAUCACUGCUAAACACACCAUCACCACGCUCUUUCUCUGGGCCACGGAGUCGUGAGUUCGCUCCAUAUGGCUACGGAGAAACCAUCUGCACCUAUGACAAGAGUGCCCUGAAGGAGGCCGUCUUUGAUGAUGAUGUGGAGCAGUUCCGUGACUGCCGCCGUCAGGAAAUUGGUGAAAACAAGAUGACACUCCCCAAGGUCUUCCCUGUUGGUCAGGACCACUCAGACCUGGUGGCUGAUCUGCUGAAGGAACUGUCCAAUCACAACGAGCGUUCUGAGGAGCGUAAAGGCGCCCUGGUGGAGUUGCUUAAGAUUGCACGAGAAGACAGCCUGGCUGUGUGGGAUGAACACUUCAAAACCAUCCUCCUCCUCCUGCUGGAGACACUGGGUGAUAAAGAUCACACCAUCCGAGCCCUGGCCUUGCGUGUGCUCAAAGAAAUUUUGAGGAACCAACCAGCCCGCUUUAAGAACUAUGCUGAGCUAACUAUCAUGAAGACACUGGAGGCUCACAAAGACUCUCACAAGGAGGUGGUCCGUGCAGCCGAGGAAGCGGCAUCCACCCUUGCCGGCUCCAUCCACCCGGAGCAAUGCAUCAAGGUGUUGUGUCCUAUUGUGCAGACAGCCGACUACCCCAUCAACCUGGCUGCCAUCAAGAUGCAAACCAAAGUCAUUGAACGCAUCGCUAAGGAUUCAUUACUGCAACUGCUGCCCGACAUAAUCCCUGGACUCCUGCAGGGCUAUGACAACACAGAGAGCAGCGUUCGCAAGGCCAGUGUGUUCUGUCUGGUGGCUAUCUACUCUGUGAUUGGCGAGGAGCUUAAACCCCACCUGGCACAGCUCACGGGCAGCAAGAUGAAGUUACUGAACCUGUACAUCAAGCGUGCCCAAACGACCAACAGCAAUAGCAGCAGUUCCUCUGAUGUCUCCUCUCACAGUUAAUAUCGGGAGGUUUCAUGUGGAAACCUGUGGAUGAACGGUAUUCAAGAAUUUCCAGGACAAAGCUGUGCUUCUUUCAGACUCUCCCUCUCUGAGCUUCCUCUCCUCAUCAUAUUUAAAGCUGUGCUAUGCUUUUCUCCUGUUUCCAAGGGACUUUGUCAACUGAAUUGGUGUUUAGUUCAAUUCCUCCAGCCCACCUCUGCUCUAGAAACAUUUGAAUGUAACUGCUGUAUUGGUUUUAGACCGGUGGGGAGGGAAUCAACGCAUUUAGAGUUUUUGGAAAUGGCACUUUCUCUUCCUCCAUGAAUCCCACCAUCUCAACACCCCCUUUUGUCAAUGGAAGCCUGUUUCUCCAUGAACCCUCAGAUUUGUUAUACGUUGUCACACGAUGUUGUGAAGUACUCACAUCAAAGUGGAGGAAUGUUGUCACACAGAAAUUUCUGUCAAAUCAGCUACAGUUUGGGAUGAAAUGUCAUUUGGCUGGCCCAGUGAUGGUAACAAGCCCAGAAGUUUUUCAAUGAAUUCUGUUUUGGGGAGCAUAAAAAACAAAUAUCUCAAGAAAAGAACAGAAAUGUGACAGAAAAAGAAAGUUCUGUAUGAACAUUUUUAGUUGAUACUUAGGUUUGGGAUAUGGCUCAUGGAAGCCUGUCCAUCGAUUGUAAGAAUUUUUUAUGCUCAUUUGUUCUUAAGAGUGGCUUAAUACAUGAAAUCCCCUUUUCAAAAAGUCCGUGGUUUACUCAACUUUUCAGCCACAUAAUUGACAAUCCUUCAAAUUGUGUGCAGAUCUUUAGUUUGAGGUACAAAAUAUGAGACUGCUGAUAAACUGCACAAUUAAAAAUGGCUACAUUAGGCUUCAAAUUCACAAUCAGCAAAAAAGUAGAAGCUGAGCCCAUGAAAGGUUGUGAUGCCUGUAUUUUCACACUAAGCUUUCUGCAUUAAGUUCUGAAACUUUUUGAAAAAAAUGUUGCCAAUUUGUGUCACCUUCCCUGUAAACCUGCCAGGCUGCUGUUCAGUCUGAGCACGUUCAGAUACUCCCUGUGUAUGAAGAGGAAGUCCUUUGUAAAUACCACAGACAUGGAGUUGGGAGAGAGACCAGCGAUCGGAGACAGUCAGAAAGACUUUGCCAAGCCUUAUUCACUUUACACGCUUAUGUUUCUUGACUGGACUGCCGAGAGUGAAUGGAAUGUACAGCACUGUAUCUGUUUGCUCUCAAAAAAAUGUGAAUCCGCAGGAAAACAGAUCAUGGCGGUGUUCUUGACCUGCGAUGAUGCAAAUCCAGUAUUAAUUGUUUCCUCUGAUCUCCUUCAGUUUCCCUUCACGUACACACAGCUUCCGCAAUAACCGCAAAUCUACUGAUAAAGGUAUUUUGUACAUACACUUUUUGACCACUGCUUCAUAAAAUUUUACAUAAUGUCAAAAAAAAUGAAACGCGAACAGGUUGAUUAUCUAACUUUUUUGCACGUUAGCAAAAUAGCUUGCAUGUAACCUGCAGCACUUGUCAACUUUGUGCUGUUUUGAAGGGCCCAGGUUUUAGGCUGUUAAGUGCACUUGUAACAUCAUCAGGUUACUCAUCUGUGAUUUCAUGUUCCAGGAGAGGAGCAAGUCGCAUUAACUCAUAUGUAAAAGGUACAACAUGGAGCAAACACUGUUGACCAAACCUUUGUGUUUGAUAUGUUUAAGUUGUUAGAAGUAUUCAGGUGGAGAAUUUUGAAAAAUCUUACCUUUGAGGUAUCAAAAAGCUUUAAAAUGUUGGAUUCCUGCUCUGAGACGCUACAUGGGUCCUUGAUUGGAGACAGUUUUUCCCGACAUUAUUGGAUAUGAUUUGGUUUAUCAGGGUACAGUUAAUCUACUGUAGGAGAGGAUUAGACUCAUUGAUUUUCUAAAAUUCUCAUAUCUCAUAUGCUGACUUCUAGCAAAUUAGUAAGAAUGAUUAUUCCUGAUUUUGGCUUGGAGACAGCCGGAGUCUAAUGUGGGACUUCUAGUGAUUGGGUGUUCUCAUUUAGGGAAUCUGCUGAGAAUGGGCCAAUUAUGGUUAUUUAAGUAAAUGAAUGUACAGAAUUUACAUAUUUACGUUGUAACUUGCUGAGUAUUGGUACUGAAAAUGAUUACAGCAACAUGCCGCCCUGCACACUCUGUUAAAUGCCUCUCUUGAAGUUUCUUUCAUCCAAAUCUCCUCAACAGCUUCUGACCGUUUAAUUGGCCGAGCUUCUCUCUGUUAAAGCAGAUCUGUGGAGGAAGGUUUACCAAACUGCCGGUCACUAUAAUCUGCUAUAACCUAGAAACUGGCAGCCGAGGAGGCGGCGUCCAGCCUGGUCCUAGAAACAAACUGUUCACUAUGCAUGUUCAACUGUACACUCUUUCUUUUGUGUCAAUCGGCCAUGUAAUAUUCAUACCUGUAUUUAUAUAUUUUAUUUGAUCUUAUUUUAUUUUCUCUCAUGUUAAAUUGUACAGAAGGGUUUUUUUGUUAACAUCCACCUGUGAUAGAUUUGCAACAAUGUAAAGAAACUGUUUGCUCCAGAAAUAAACAAACUGAGAACCGA